ACCGCGCGAGCGGAAGGAAUCUGGCGGCAAGUUCAGUGAAGCGCCAACGUCACCUUCGGAAAGACUCAAAACAUGGAGUACAGAUAGUUUUAGUUCAGAGUGCUCGGAAUGAGCUUCGUCGCUUAGCUUUUCGAGUCGUAGUUGGGAAGAAUUAUGAAGGGAUAUGAGUGAUCAACAACCCUCACAUAGCACUGGUGUGGACGACUCUACUAAUGUUGCUCACAUCGUAGAAGAAAAGCCUGUGUGGAAUGCAUCAAAAGAAAGCACUGACCUUGAACAGCCAUCGGUUAGUAUCGAUACAACUGUAGAACCAAAAAAGACAACGAGCUUUCAAAUCACAAGCAUAAAAUCAGACUAUGAUGUCGAAACUAGACCGGAUGAGGGUUAUUUAUAUGGCGAGCAGCAUAGCGCCGAAAAUGUUGGGGUAUUUGAACAAAACAAUAGCACGUCUAAGACUGAUACAACAGCGAUCAAUAAUGUGCAGCCGAAGAAGAAAAUCUCAUUUCAGGUAACGAGUAUUGAGCCGAAAGAAGGUCGGUCUCGCGGUGAUAGCAACGGCUAUGAUGAUUUAGACGAACUUAAUGAAAGUGAAUUCCUUGAGGAGGAGGAGACAAAUCUUGAGUCUACUUUAACACAUUCAUCUGGCAAUGGAAACGGUACAUCGCGGUUUAAAGUUGUAAAAAUUCCGCGUUAUGACAGUAAACCGUACACUAGGGGUCGCUGGAGAUGUUGGGAUUUCGUAAAAUGCCCACCGCCUUCGGCCGAACAAAUUCUAGCAGACCUACCGGGCUACAGUUCAGACCUUAAUGACAGAGUGGAACACGAAACUGUUAGUUCAACUCGAAAUUUACUUGAUUCUAGCGUAAGUAGUGGUGCUAUUUCUAAACCAGCGGACACUAACUUUGAGCUGCCUUCACAAGAUGGACAUACACGGGCGAAUACAGUCGGUGAAACUAAGUAUUUUGACGAAAGAAACCCUACAACAAAUGCUGGCGAGCAUGCCGGAAACCCAGGUUCCUCAAAGCUAGAUAACAGCGGUAGGGAUAUGAUCAUAAAUAAUUCGUCUGGACCAGAGAAUUGCGAGAAUUUGACAAACGAAUUUGUGGGGGCCCUGGCAGACGAAGCCACGUUGAGGUUACUCUCUGAAGAUGAAAUAGUUGCAGAAAAAAUUAAAAAGGCUAUGAAUCAAGUUGUACAAAUAAAAACUGACCUUUCUACAAGACGUCAAUGCAGAUGUGAAAAAAUUAAAACAGACAAUCCAGCAAUUAACUAG